UUGGAAUUUGUGAAGAAAUGGCAAACAACAUUCCCCUCAUUGCCUCUGGCAAUGCACCAACCCAACUCGCAACUGCAAAUGACCCGACUGUGACCAGCAUUCCCAUGGUGCAACACUCCCACCAUAGUGGGGCUGCUGUGCAAACACCCCAAAUGGCUGCCAUGGCCACCGCUGGUGAUGCCAAGAGCUGCCUAUUCUUCGUCUGGCACUACUGCUGCCAGCAGCUGCACUGGUUGCAGAUCUGGCGAGAAUCCCGCAGGCCGUGGCGCCACUGCAUUGGCCGUGGCGCCACUGCAUUGGCCGUGGCAGCCGUUUGGGGCGUUUGCGCAGCAGCUCCACCAUGGUGGGGAUGUUGCAUCGUGGGAAUGCUAGUCGCAGCCAGGUCAUUCGCAGUUGCGAGUUGGUUUGGUGCGUUGCCAGAGGCAACGAGGGGAACGUAG